GUACAAAAUCAACCCUGCUGAUCCUUCUGACUCAGAGACAGUAUUCACAUGGACCUGUGCUGAUCAACUCUUUCACAAAAACAAGUUGCAAUAUUGCAGCUUUUGGCUACAAAACUAUAUAACAGUGGGAAGAACUCAUUGUGUUUAAUUUAUGGAAGCAAGCACUGUUCUUUGAAGAAUUUCAAGCUGCUUUCAUUUCAGAUGGUGAUAUGAGGGAAGACUCGGUCCAAAGAGCACCUUUUGAAAUCACAAGCAUUUGGGGAAAGGAAUCAAUGAAUGAGUCUCAGCAUGGUCACUCAGGGGGAAGAAAAAAUGAGUUUUGAAAUAGAGCUCCAAUAACUGUUCAUGAAAGAUGAUAAAAUGAAAUCAUCACUUUUUUACUUUUGUCUGGGAACACUUAAAUGGACAGUAGCAUGGACUACGAAAGACCAAAUGUAGAAACAAUCAAGUGUGUGGUGGUGGGAGACAAUGCUGUGGGAAAGACACGUCUCAUUUGUGCUAGAGCCUGUAACACAACCCUAACACAGUACCAGCUACUGGCAACGCAUGUUCCCACAGUGUGGGCCAUUGAUCAGUACCGAGUGUGCCAAGAGGUACUGGAACGUUCUCGUGAUGUAGUGGAUGAAGUGAGUGUAUCCUUAAGACUCUGGGACACAUUUGGAGAUCACCAUAAGGACAGGCGCUUUGCAUAUGGAAGAUCUGAUGUUGUAGUGUUGUGUUUUUCUAUUGCAAACCCUAAUUCUUUAAAUCAUGUGAAGACCAUGUGGCACCAAGAAAUCAAGCACUUUUGUCCUAGGACUCCAGUUAUUCUAGUUGGAUGCCAAUUAGACCUGCGUUAUGCUGAUUUGGAAGCAGUCAAUCGAGCAAGGCGUCCAUUAGCAAGGCCAAUAAAACCUGGUGAUAUUUUGCCACCAGAAAGGGGUAGAGAAGUUGCCAAAGAGCUUGGAGUUCCUUACUAUGAGACCAGUGUAUUUGACCAGUUUGGCAUUAAGGAUGUAUUUGAUAAUGCAAUAAGAGCAGCCCUUAUUUCUAGAAGGCACUUGCAAUUCUGGAAGUCCCAUUUAAAGAGAGUGCAGAAACCCCUACUUCAAGCUCCUUUCCUGCCACCUAAAGCACCUCCUCCACUGAUAAAGAUACCAGAGGGCCCUGCUGUAAAUUCAGAGUGCCCAGUUCAUUUGUUGGAGAAUGCAUUAUGUGCAGAUGUUCUGUUUAUUUUUCAGGAUAAUGAGCGUGUUUUCGCUCACAAGAUUUACUUGUCUACCUCAUCAUCAAAGUUUUAUGACCUGUUUUUAAUGGAAGUUUCUGAUGAAUUUCUGUUUUUAACUGCAAAAACUGAGAAAGAGAAACCUAGUCGCGAUUUUCUUAUGAGAACUUUAAGCCUUGACACUGAAGAAGACAUUAACUUGCCUACACAUUCAACAUGUUCUCUAAGAGCUUCUAAAAGUGAUGGUACUUUAAAAAUGGUGGACAGUGAUACUGAAAAACAGAAACCCAAGCUUUUUUUGUCAUCCUGGUGUAAAGCCUUUGUUAGCAUUCAUAAAGAAACUGUUAUCAGCCCUAAAACCUGUUGCACAUUUGAAGUAACUGUAGUGAAUAUGGAUUAUUCAAUUCAAAGUGGACCUUUCAAGGCAGUGCUGCGUUUUCUCUACACUGGUCAGCUUGAUGAAAAUGAGAAAGACUUGAUGAAAAUUGCUCAAAUAGCUGAAGUGCUUGAAGUUUUUGACCUACGGAUGAUGGUUGAAAAUAUUAUGAAUAAAGAAGCAUUUAUGAAUCAGGAAAUUACAAAAGCUUUCCAUGUUAGGAAAGCAAACAGAAUUAAGGAAUGCUUGGCAAAAAGCACCUUCUCAGAUGUGACAUUCAGACUGGAUGAUGGGAGUAUAAAUGCUCAUAAGCCUUUGUUGAUCUCCAGCUGUGACUGGAUGGCUGCUUUGUUUGGUGGAUCAUUUGUUGAAAGCAUAAAUGAAGAGGUUUACCUUCCUAAUACAAGCAAGGCAUGCAUACAAGCAGUUUUGGAGUAUCUGUAUAUGAAUCAGCUGUCACCUUCACUGGAUCUGGAUCCACUGGAAUUAAUUGCACUUGCAAAUAGAUUGUGCCUUCCACGUUUGGUGGCUUUGACAGAACAAUAUGCUGUAAAUGAACUGGUAAAAGCUUCAAAGGAUGGAGUUGAUAUAGAUGGAGAAGUGCUCACAUAUCUAGAACUGUCCCAGUUUCAUAAUGCCAACCAGCUGGCAGCUUGGUGUCUUCAUCACAUCUGUACGCAUUAUAACAGCGUGUGUGCCAAGUUUCGGAAAGAGAUCAAGUCUAAAUCUGCAGAAAAUCAAGAAUAUUUUGAAAAACAUCGAUGGCCUCCUGUAUGGUACUUAAAAGAAGAGGAUCAUUAUCAACGUGUCAAGAAGGAGAGGGAAAAAGAGGAUGUUGUGCUUAAUAAACACCAUUCUAGAUACAAAUGGUGUUUCUGGAAUACUUCAUCUGCAGUGGCAUAGCAACCUGUUAACUGCCUCAGUGUUUGUGCAUUAUAAACAUUUUCAGUAUUUUUGUCUUAAUAUUUGCAAAAGAGAUGUUGGUUUCAAGGCACUGAACUUUUUUUAAAAUGUUAAAUAUUGUCAGAUUAAAAGCACAAACUUUGUCUCAAGUGAAACCGACAUAUCCAUACACACAAACACAGCCUAUUUAAGUAGGUUGAAAAACUUGAUUUCCUUUCCGUCAGAGUGUGUAGUUAUCUUUUUUUGACACUUUUGAUUGUAAGCCUAUUUGGUUUUGAAUGACCAUCACUACGAGUCACUGAUAAUUUUACAUCUGUUACUCUGUUUGCUUUGACUCAAAUUAUAUUGUAAAAUAUAUUCCAGUUAUACAAAAGGGUUUACUUUUAUCCAUUCAAGCUAGACUCUAUUUUAAAAAUAGACUUAGUUACAGACUAUCAUUGUUUUAACUUUAUAAUGACAUAUUGUAUUGCCAUCUUUUUUUGUUUUAUAUUUGUACAUAAAAAGGAGGUGUUUUAACAUCUCUGCCUAAAGCAAUAGUAUUUUGUUAAUCUUUCAGUGUAUGAUGUAUUGGCAGCUGAAAUUAAAUUACCUUUUUGAUUUAAAAUAUUUUUAACAAACAUACAAUAUUUGAGAAAUAAACAGUUGCAAAGAUGAUAAUAUUCAUAAAGUAGGUUCUAAAAAUGUACACAUCCUGUGCUUUCCAUCUUUCAUGUUGCAGAUUUCAUUAUGCCCUCAGAUAAGUGUCCUAUAAGGUGACAAUAAAGAAGUAAAACUCCUGACUGAAAAGUGGCAGUUCAUGUGUUUAAAGAGCCAAAGAAACUCAACGCCCAAAGCAGAGCAAACAAUUGUUGCAGGGUGUUGACUGGUAGCAGUGCUGUUUUAAACAAAGCAGGUCGACUUAUUAUUUUCCAUUUCCAAUAGAUUUUUUUUGUUAGAGCUCAUCUGCCCAUUAAUGGACUAAACCAGUGUGUUAGCAUUACUGUAUUACACAAAUAAAGUCUCUUUCAAUUAAACCCACAAUCCCAACAUGAUAAAUACUUUUAGAUUUGUUAUGUUAUUUUGUUUACUUAUUUUAUGGAGAAGAGUUGUGUUUUACCCAUUAUAUUUAUAUAAGUCAGUAAACCAUUCAGCUUCUGAUGAGCUCUUAACAUUUCACUACAAUUCGUUCGUAAUAAGUAUGAUCGAUUAAUUUUGUCCUCUUAUAAGGGUAGCUUAUGGCUUUAUUUUUACAAUUUAACAGUAAAGUUGUACACAUACACUUUGCUAACUGAGGUAAAAAUUGUACGCAUUGCCUGUGUGUUUAGUGUAAGUAAUAGGUUGCAACACUCCCCUGAUGCCUGUUCUUUGCUAGUAAAAUGAACCCUAAGAACAUUUCCUGUAGAAUUUCCGCUAAUGUCAAGAAAACUUGAGAUGUGAAAGUACCUGGAGUGUUAGCCAAUCAUAAUACAAGACUGAGCAUUCACACUGUAUAACCAGCUAAUUCCAAUAAUUGUCAUUUGUGAUACUUACAAAGGAUUAUUUCAUCUGCAUUCACCUUUCGGAGUGAAAGGCUUUACAUGGCUUUGCAGGUGAAGUAUACAGUAGUGAGCUUACAGCUGUAAAUGUAGAAAGUUGCACAUAGCUUAAUGUUUACUUUGAAGCAGUAGUGAGAUCUGUGCAUAUGAAGUGAAGGCCCAAUUGCUGGGCAUUUAUUUUUUGUUCCAGUGUACAAUGUAACUAAGCAAGUUAAUAAAAAGGACAGAAGGAUGUUUCUGCUGCUGCUGAUGAAAACAAUAGUUUUAAUUCUAGACUGGAAUUAUUUUUUUAUACAAGUGUAACCUUAAAGAACUUAAGUCCAGCUUGAAAUUAGUAACCUUUUGUUGUUUCAGCAAUCGAAAGGCUUAGUUCAAAUUGUUAGAAGGGCUUCAUAUCCAUGUAAUCUUCAGAGUGUUCUGACAUUGAUCAAAACUGAAUACAAAUUUAAAUCUGCGAUAUGCAUUGUACGUAGUUGUCGUGCUAAUGUUUGCUCAUAUACCGAUUCCAUGUACUGUAUUUAAUUAAAACAAGUCUAGGGCGCUUUUAUGAUUGUUUCAUUAAUAUAUACUCAGAAAUACACAACUGUACUUUCAAGUAAAAAUGCAAAGGUAUCAGGAAUCUACUGUCUCUUGAAAAUUAUAGUUGUGAGUAGCUGUUAAGAGGCAAAAUGACCUUUUUUAUUUAUGACUGGGAAGGAAUAUGGCUUUAAACAUAGUGUUACAAAAUGAUGUAAUACUUAAAUCAGUAGUCUAUCCUUUGUAUGUUGAUAGCGUGUUCAUUUUAGUAAACCGAAACUGUACUUACAUGUACUUUUUCCCAUAUGCUUAAUACACAGUGAUUGUCAUUAUUGGAAAUACACAAUAAUAAAAUAUUGUCAUCAGCUGCUAUAACCAAGUGGCCGGUUCAUUUGGUUGAUUCUGUCAAAGGCCUUUGAUCUUGCUGGUCAUUAUCCUUGAAGAUGUUUUGGUUUGAGUUUUUUAUGUUUUUUUGAAAAAAUGUGAAAUAAAUACUGUAUAUUGCUUUAACCCUGAA